AUGUGUUUUAGGCCACUAGGGGUCAUGCCUUUCACGGUCAUCAUGUCGGAUUCCGGCGUGCCAUCUGCCCUCGUGGACGGGCCACAAACCGGGUUCUCCAUGAACAAGGACGGGGCCCGAACUGACACCCGUGAGCAAGAAGCGGUCUAUGACAUCAUGCGGGCUACGGGUAAUGAUUGGGCCACUGACAUUCCCGAUGUGUGUCGUGGCCGGUGGCAUGGAAUUGAGUGCAUGCCGGACAGAGAAGAUGUCUACCACGUCGUUUCGCUCUCCUUUGGGGCGCUAUCCGAUGACACUGCGUUCCCGACUUGUGACCCAACCCGGUCCCAUAUUUCACCAUCCAUCACUAAACUUCCCUACCUCCGGACCUUAUUUUUCUACCGUUGUUUUAGUUACAAUCCUCAGCCAAUCCCAUCACUUUUGGGGCAAUUGGGCGCCACCCUACAAACUUUAGUGCUUAGGGAAAAUGGGCAUGUGGGUCCUAUUCCUAUUGAGCUGGGCAAUCUCACCCGUUUAAAAGUUCUUGACCUCCACAAAAACAAUCUCAACGGCUCAAUUCCGGUGUCCCUGGGCCGGAUGACCGGUCUAAGGUCGUUAGACCUGAGUGGAAACAAACUAACUUCAAUACCCAAUUUCAGCUUCCCAAUUUUGAGCAUUUUUGACCUGAGCCAAAACCUUCUAAUGGGCUCAAUCCCAUCCAGCAUUGGAGCCUGCCAUGCUCUUAUCAAAAUGGAUUUGGGCCACAACCAACUCACCGGCCCGUUACCUGACUCCAUCGGUACCCUGAAAGACCUAAUGCUCAUGGAUCUAAGCUACAAUCGCCUCAAGGGUCCACUUCCAAUGUGGAUUAGGAGCUUAAUCUCACUUCAAACUUUGAUCCUCAAAGGAAAUCCAAUGGGGCCCACACCAAUUCCAAGUGAUGGUUUUGAUGGCAUGAAGGGGUUGAUGACCCUAAUUUUAUCAAACAUGAAUUUGCAUGGUCCUAUACCUUCAUCGCUAGGCAAAUUGCCAGGCCUUCGUGUGCUUCAUCUUGAUGGGAACAAUUUCAAUGGCUCAAUCCCAACAAGCUUUAGAGAGCUCAAAAGUGUGAAUGAAUUGAGAUUGAAUGAUAAUUGGCUCAGGGGCCCAAUCCCAUUUGGGAGAGAAAUGGUUUGGAGGAUGAGAAGGAAGCUUAGGGUUCAUAACAAUUCUGGGCUAUGUUACAAUGCCAAUAGUGGGUUGGAAGAUUCUGGCAUUGGCCCAUGUGACACACCGAGGCCAUGA